GCCACUUUGUGUGUGUCCCUGGACUCCUGAGCAGCGCCGACGUGCUGAGGACCGACUGCCGGCACGAGAGCAUGAGCGCAAUCGACAAGGACAGAGAGAAGACCGACGUGCCCGCCGUAUCUCCCUCCUCUGUGCCUCCCACGUCGUCGUCGACGUACACGAACGGUAGCUGUGUCGAACCACCCGCAAAAACGAACGUAGCUGCGCCGUCUCCUGCAGGCGACAAAGAUACCAGCAGUGCAGACGCCAAAGAGCGACCUCCAUCCCUCCUCAAACUUGUCAUUCCAAUCCGCGAUCCAGCCCGUGAAGGCUUGACGUCCGUGAGCUCCAGCUCGGUGCCAUCAUCCAGCUCGGUGAAUUCGUCCCCGGAUAGUGUUUCAACUUCGCACAGUUGCUCGGGACUGUCCGACUCGUCCACGCCGCCGCACAACUUGGAUCCGCUCGACAAAAAACGCACAUACAGCGCCCACGAAUUGCAUACGUGGGACACGCAUGGCGGCCCUCCUUCUUUCAAUCGGUCCGUGACAGCGAAUUCCGUCGAUCGCAAGCAUUCCUUGCCAUCGACGGGGCCUCCUCCAUCGUUUGGUCUGGUGUCGACGAGUUUGCAGGUCGAAAUUCAGUCGGUAACGCUCCCGCCCGACGGGGUCAAGGAAGUUGAAGACGACAAGAGCACGCACACGGUGUUUACGUUGGAGGUGCGCCUCGUGAGCGGACUGCGGUGGGUGAUCGAGAAGCGAUACUCGGACUUUCGCGACUUCCACGACCGCAUGAAGAAGGCCAACGCAACCGUGCGGAAUCUUGCGUUCCCGAAGAAGCACUACUUUCGCGGCAAGACGCAAAGCGUGAUCGAACAGCGCCGCCUCGACCUGGAGAAGUACCUCAAGGACAUCUUGAAUGUCCAGCCGCUGAUGAAAAUGCCCAUCUUUAACUUCCUCGCCGUGUAUGCCCACCUCGAGUCAUACGAUCGAAAGAAGCGGCGCCAGCAAAAGGAAGUCGACAUGAAGCGCAUGAAGAACCUGUUGGCACCGGACGAAUUGGCUGACGUCCAAGUCGCGUUCCAGCGCUUGUGUACGUCCAAGGCACAAAUGACGCAUCCCAACCCUACGUCCAACAUCAGCUCGCCCAAGGGUGCGGCGGUCUCGACCGCAUCGCCCGCUGUCCCACCACCGUCUUGUUUGUCUGGGGCGUUGGUAGACGAUGGUGGCAGGGGGUUGGUAGUGCACACAUUUGUGUGCGACGACGUGUCGUCGUCAAACAACAUGAUCAGCAAGGCUGCGUUCCGUCGGGACGUCCUCAGCGUAUUUCCGGACAUGCCGUCGACGUUUGCCAUUCGAUUCAUGAAAGGAUUCAGUGACAAAACGUCCAACGACAUCUCGGUCGACGAGUUUCUCCGCGCCGUCGCGAUCCUGCGGCACGGGUCGACCGAAGACCAGCUCGUGUUUUUGUUCAACAUGUGCGACCACGACCACCUCGGGAAGCUCCAAAGCACGGGGCUGAGCAACCUCCUCGUGAGUCUGCACGGCCGGCCCGUGAUCGACAAGCCAGAGUACAAGCGGCUCGUGAACGAACUGUUUGACUACGGUCGCACGAGGCUGACCGCCGACGAUUUUGUCCAUGCGAUGCUGUCCCAACCUCUUGACCAUGUCGGCCUCGUGCUGGACUGGAUGCCACCGUUCAUGCAGAUACUGUGCGAGACCGCGAGCCCGACGCUGCUGGAGCUCCAAGAAGACUACAACCCGGUCGUGCAGCAAAAGAUCAUUGAAAAGGAAACGUCGUUCAACGCGUCCGACAUUGCGAUGCUCCAAGAUGCGUUCAUGGCGUAUCGAUCGUCGGCGGUCGACUCGGUCGGGGCAUCGUCGAGUUGCAUCGACUUGGAACUGCUGGCGGCCGAUUUCCCGCUCCAAUUCUCGGAUGCGCGCCUCGUGACCGCGUUUGCAUCGUUUGGUCCGCGUGCGAAUGGUGUCGACAUUGACAUCUUUAGCUUUGUCCAUGCACUCCACAUCGCGUGCCGAGGCACGGCCGAAGACAAAACCAAGUUUGGCUUUUGCGUGUUCUCAACCGCCAAUCGAAUGACGCGCGACGACCUGUUUGCCAUGCUUCAGCUUGAAGUUGUGCUCCAUUCGCCGCUCGAGCAGCACAUCCACACGUACUUUGAGACUGACGCGGAACAUGGCACGUCCACCGUGGUGUCGAGCGCUCAAAUCGGACUCUACGUCGAUCUGCUCUUGAGUACGAUCGGCCAUGACGGCAACUCGUGCUGGACCUUCGACCACUUCACCAAGUGGGCCACGUCCCGCCAAUUUCAAAUCGCUGCGCUCGACUUGAUGAAACGCGCUGUGUUUGUCGACCUCGGCGUGAUUCCGGCCAACAAGAAGGAAGAGGUUGAAGUCGCCAAGCUGUGCUACCAAAAGUACGACCCGUCGGCGUUGGUUGAAGGCGAAAACUGGUACAUAGUCGAGCCCGUCUGGUUUGAGCACUGGCGGCGCUACGUCGAGUUCAUUCCAGCCUUGGACCUCCACACGAACCCGUCGCCCAAGGCGCCACCGCCACCACCGUCGGCGGUCCCCAAGAGCUCGCCGGCAAAGCUGACGUCGUCCCCACCGAGCCCAGACAAGAAGAAGGAAAGCGGUGGUGCAUUUAGCAACUUGAUCAAGGCAGCCAAGCCCAAACCAGACAAUGGACCGCGCACGACAGAUACACCCAAGCCACAGACGACACCGCCGGCGCUCGCGACGAUUCUCGACACGGACAACAACGUCGUUCGUCCCAAGUAUAUCGGCAACAUUUCGCUGCUCAAAGACAAGGUGUUUAGCCCCACGGACGACAUGGUUGCGGGCAAGCACUUUGCAAUCGUGUGCGAACCGCUGUGGCGAGCGCUCAAGUCGUGGUAUGGCGGCGGGCCCGAAAUCAAGCAGACUGUCGUCGUGCUGGCCAACGGUCGCGCAACUCUGGAUCUGUGGCGAUCGGAGCAACGAGCGAUGAACGACAACGCGGCCGACAAAACCGGUUUUGACAAGCCCGUGGAGGCUGCCGACGCGUUGGCGAUGGCGGUGACCGCGUCCAAGUACAAGCGAGUGCGCGCAGGCGGGUCCGUCGGCCUCCUGAACCUGUGCAACACGUGCUACAUGAACUCUGCGCUGCAGUGUAUUGCCAACACGCCGCUCUUCAUCGACUACUUUUUGUCGGGCAUGUACAUGGACGACAUCAACCGAACGUCGACGCUCGGGAUGCAGGGAAAACUCGCCGAAGCGUUUGGCAAGUUGUCCGAGGACAUGUGGAGCACCAAGUUUAAGAACAUAUCGCCGCGGGAAUUCAAAAAGACCAUUGGCAAGUUUAACGAGGCAUUCCGCGGCACCGACCAGCAAGAUGCACAGGAGCUGAUUGCGUUCCUUCUCAGCGGGCUCAGCGAAGACUUGAACCGGAUCCACGACAAGCCGUACAUUUCCCAGCCCGACUCGGACGGCCGGUAUGACUCGGACUUGGCCGACGAGUGGUGGCGCAACCACCUCAAGCGUGAAGUCUCGAUCGUGGUCGCGCUCUUCACGGGGCAGUACAAAUCGCUCUUGACAUGCAGCGCGUGCGGAUUCAAGUCGGCGCGGUUUGAGCCGUUCACGUUUUUGCAAGUGCCGCUCCCGGAGCCGACCCACAACAACGUGACGAUCCCGGUUGUGUUUGCCGGCUCGCGGAUGCCGCAAAAGCUCAGCCUGCGUUUGAGUAUCGACGCGACCAUUGUCGACCUCAAGAUGCAGCUUGUCGACGUGUGCAUGACGGAUUUCGGCCUGCAACAUUUGACCGUGUCCGACAUCAAGAUUUGCGAGUUUGCCGGGUCGCAGAUUGUCGGAUUCAAGGCGGACAAUCGGAAGCUCGGCCAAAUCCGCAGCAUCGACCGCUUGAUUGCGUUCCAGCUCGAACCGUUGGCACCGCGCAUUGCCGAUGCCACGCGGUUCCGGCGGCCGUCGUUGGCGCCGUACGAAACCUCGAGUCCAAACAAGGACGGGCCGGUCGACGACGCGCCGCGCACGGAGGACCCGCUCACCCCCCACAUGUUGGUCGAAGUUCAAUCCAAGGGCGAGUGGGUGCCAGGCACAAUCUUGACAGUCGACAACGUCAACUUUGUGUGUGCCGUCCAGCUGCGCCACGGCGACGUCGACGAAAACGUGCCACAGCAUCGAGUCAAGGCCCGCGCGGCGCGCCUCCUCUACUGUCCCGUCAUUUCACGCAAGCUCGGGUAUUCCCCAUUGUACUUUAAGAACCCGUUCCGCCCAAUGCCGUUCGGCACACCCGACCUUGUCCGCGUCUGCCCCGAAAUGACGACCGGGGCCGAGUUGUACGCGAUGGUAUGGGAGCGCGUGCACCGUUUCUUGAAACGAUCGACGGCAGUCAGUGGCCUCGCCGUGCGUCCGCACAACGUGUCUGGGCCCGUGCAGCACAUUGACGAGUUGUUUUGCCACCAAGAUGGCCCGGCCCGAGGCAUUCCGUUUUUGCUGCGCCGCGUCGAGACCAAGGGGAUCACGGACUCGCGCACGCCAUGGCUCGUGCGAUCGUUUGGGUGGACGAUUCCGUGCAACCAAGACUUUGUCGACUUGCUCGACGACGAAUCGAUCGCCAUCGACUGGGACGUCAAGGUCCUCCAGGAGGAAGUCGACGUCGACAAGAUGAAAGCGGUCGACGUGCACCCGAGUGUGGCCAAGAACGACGGGCUGGACCAUGGACCGGUGCCACUAAGCCACUGCUUGGACGCGUUUAGUCUCGAGGAAAAGAUCCCCGAGACAUAUUGCUCGAGCUGCCGGGGCCAUCAAGAAAUGACCAAAAAGCUCGAGAUAUGGCGCCUCCCGCCCGUCAUGGUCGUCCAGCUCAAGCGGUUCCAAUACACGCAAACGUACCGCCGUAAACUCGGGACGCUGGUUCAAUUUCCCGUCCACGGCCUCGACUUGGCGUCGUGCGUUGCGCCAUUUGAAGAGUUCCCGGUCAAAUACCCCGACAAGAAGCCCGCCGAGACCGCGGAAAACAAACCGACCCACGACGAGCACCCAGUCAAGGAACCGGCGUCCGCGACGACCGUCGCUGCUCUCGCUUCAUCUCCCGCACCCAACAUGAACCGUGUCCGGAGGGGCUACACCAACACCAACUUGGAGCAGGCGCGGUGUUUGGAGACACACUAUGACUUGUACGGUGUCGUGAACCACCAGGGCGCGCUCGGUGGAGGCCAUUAUACCGCGUACGCAAAGAAUAGCAUGGACGGGAACUGGUACUGCUACGACGACGAGCGCGUGCGGUUGAUCGAAGAGAGCAAAGUGGUGUCGGCGUCAGCGUAUUUAUGUUUCUACGUCCGCAAGGACAUGGCAGACAUUACCGUGGAUGCUGUGUACCCGCCCAAGAAGGAUGGAAAGAUCACGGAAGAAGACAUCGACCGAUUUGUCGAGGAAAGCGACAAGGGCAAGUGCGCGCUCAUGUAGUCUAAUGUGCAGAAUGUCGUAGUUUCAACAAGUAGUGUCCGUCUUUGUCCGGGGCCAGAUACCGCACGUCCAUCUAUCUAGGCCCUU